AGGAGUGACAGACUGACUGCUUCAAUGACUCAUCUAGUUGCCUGGCCAUUGACUUCUCCCUGGCUUGUUGCUGGCGGCGGGCUCGGCGGGCCUUGGGCGACAUGCUGAGCCCGGUGCUGGUGUCGUCGUUGCUGUGGCUCGGGGGCCUGGCCAUGAAGGCGCACGUGCCGGGCGACAUCGUGUUGGGAGGCCUGUUCCCCAUCCACGAGAAGGGCGAGCGCACCCGCUGUGGCAAGAUCAACAAGGACCGCGGUAUCCAGAGGCUGGAGGCGAUGCUGUUUGCCAUCGACCGCAUUAACCAGGACCCGACGCUGCUCAACGGCAUCAAACUGGGCGCCACCAUACUGGACACCUGCGCGAGCGACAGCUACGCCCUCAACCAGUCGCUCGAGUUUAUCAGGGCCUCGAUCAACACAGUGGACGCGAACGCCUUCGAGUGUUCGGAUGGCGCGGUGCCCAAGCUGCGCUUCAGCAGCAAGGCCAUCAGCGGGGUGGUCGGCGGCUCGUACAGCGAGGUGUCCCUGCAGGUGGCGAACCUGCUGCGCCUCUUCCGCAUCCCCCAGAUCAGCCCGGCGUCGACGGGCACCUCGCUCAGCGACAAGACCCGCUACGACUUCUUCGCCAGGACGGUGCCGCCGGACACCUUCCAGGCGCUCGCCAUGGUGGACGUGGUGCAGCGCUUCAACUGGUCCUACGUGUCCCUCGUCACCUCCGAGGGCCAGUACGGUGACUCCGGCAUGACGGCCUUCCAAAAGGAAGCGCGCGCGAGGAACAUCUGCAUUGCCGUCAACGAGAAGGUGCCUCACUCAGCCACCGUGGACACCUUCGACCAGAUCUACCAGAACCUUAUGCAGAAGAGCAACGCCCGCGGCGUGAUCCUCUUCACGCGGGCCGAGGACUCCCGGGGUGUCCUCGCGGCGGCCAAGCGGGCCAACCGCAGCGAGGACUUCGUGUGGGUGGCCAGCGACGGCUGGGGCAAGCAAGAGAAGCUCGUCGAGGGCCUGGAGGAGGUCGCCGAGGGCGCCAUCACGAUAGAGCUGGAGUCCCGGUUCAUACCGGACUUUGACGAGUAUAUGAAAAACCUGACUGUAGAAACAAACCGUCGGAACCCCUGGUUCAAGGAGUUCUGGGAGGACGUGUUCCAGUGCAGUGUGCGUGACGACGGUGACGUGCGCAACAGCUCGCUGCCCACGUGCUCUAAAAACCUCCGCUUGGACGAGUCCGUGGGCUACCUGCAGGAAACCAAGGUGCAGUUCGUGUUGGACGCCGUGUAUGCGAUGGCGCACGCAUUGCACAAGGUCUGGGAGCAUCUAUGCGAGCCUAGGGGGGAACUUUAUUGCAGCGCCAUGAGGGACCUUGAUGGGGGGCUGCUCUACAAGAAGUACCUCCUCAAUGUCACUUUCGAAGACAUGGCCGGCAGCGUGGUGCGGUUCGACCCGAAGGGCGACGGCCUGGCGCCGUACCGCAUCUACAACUACCAGCGGCAGGCGAACAGCUCCCGGUACGAGUACCGGGCGGUGGGCCGCUGGCUGGACGAGCUCGAGCUGAACGUGGACGAGGUGCGCUGGAGCCGCGCCAGCCGGCUGCUGCCGGUGUCCAUCUGCAGCCCGCAGUGCGGCGUCGGCGAGAUGAAGAUUGUGCAGGCCGGGGACACGUGCUGCUGGAUCUGCAGCCGCUGCGAGCCCUGGCAGUACGUGGUGGACGAGUUCACGUGCGCCGAUUGCGGGGACGGCCGCUGGCCCUACCCGCACAAGCAGAGCUGCUACAACCUGACGCUGCAGUACAUGCGCUUCGACUCGCUGUUCGCCGUCGUUCCGAUGGUGAUCGCCUGCCUGGGCAUCGUGCUCACGCUGGCCGUGGUGGCCGUGUUCGUGGUGAACAACGAGACGCCGAUCGUGAAGGCGUCCGGCCGCGAGCUCAGCUACCUGCUCCUGUUUGGCAUCCUCAUCUGCUACCUCAUGACCUUCGUGCUGCUGCUCAAGCCCACGCCGGCCUCGUGCGCCUCGCAGCGCUUCGGCGUCGGUCUGGGCUUCUCCAUCAUCUACAGCGCGCUCUUCACCAAGACCAACCGCAUCUCGAGGAUCUUCGAGAGCGCUCGGCGCUCCGCGAGGCGGCCCUCCUUCAUCAGUCCCAAGUCGCAGGUGGUCAUCUCCAUGAUGCUCAUCUCGGUCCAAUUCGUGGCCAGCGUGGUCUGGUUCGUGGUGGAGCCGCCCAGCGUGCGCCGCGAGCAUCCGGACGGCAAGCGGGACCAGGUCAUCCUCAAGUGCAGGAUCAAGGACUCGAGCUUCCUCGUGUCGCUCGUCUACAACAUGACCCUCAUCUGCAUCUGCACCGUGUAUGCAAUCAAGACGCGCAAGAUCCCCGAGAACUUCAACGAAUCAAAGUUUAUCGGCUUCACCAUGUACACCACGUGCAUCAUCUGGCUCGCCUUUGUGCCUAUCUACUUCGGCACGGGGAACUCCUUCCAGAUCCAGAUCACGACGCUGUGCGUGUCCAUCUCGCUGAGUGCCUACGUGGCCUUGUUCUGCCUGUUCUCGCCCAAGAUCUACAUCAUCCUGUGCCACCCGGACAAGAAUGUGCGCAAGCUGACCAUGAACAGCGCCACCUACAAGAAGGCGCCCACGAGCAGCACGUGCGGCACCUCGGUCAACCACGGCACUUGCGGCACCGGCAGCUCGGGAGAGCAGCUGAAGCUGACCCUCGCCCAUCGGUCCGUCGCCCAGGCCGUGACGGACGUUAGUGAGGACAAGGACAGCCUGGCCUCCCUAUAGGGGAGGCUGCCCACGAAGCUCCCUCCACGACGUGCGGUCCGCAUCCAAUCUUCACACCUUCAAGCCCAAAUAUAGAAAGAAAACAAAAUAUUUAUAAAAUAUCUAUAUAUUGUACACGUCAUCAACGUCUUCCGAGUGCUAUAAACAUAGGAACCAAGGGAGCAUCGCUACCACAGCGUGGCCACCACGGCGUUCGACGGAGCAGCAGCGGCAGCGACGGAAGUGGACGCGGACUAGGUUGUGAAACGUCGCACGGCGGAGACAUGCUCUGGGAGAGACCCCCAGCGGCGAGCUACGGCAACUAGCACCUUCCAUCUAUGUUCGCUACAUACAAGCCCGAUUUCACUGUGUCGUAGCUAGAGUUUUGUAUAAAACGAAGGACGCGUUGAAUCGUCUGAUUUCCGUUCCUCGUUGUUGUCGUCGUCGUCGUCGUCGUUAGUGUUGUUAACGUUGCUGUUAUAUCGUUGAUGUUGAUUUUUUUUUCUUUUAUCCGUUAUCCCACUUCUGCUUUCUUUCUUUUCUUUUUCGCGUGUUGUUUCGUUCGUCAUUCCGCGGACAACCUCAGAACAAUCCUGCCAGCAGUUGUGUGUGCGCAUUUUUGUACUUGCGUGUGUACAUAUGCGUUCGUUCCAGUCCCGUUCCGGGCCCGUUAUUAACCAUCGCCUCUCGCAGUCCAGUCGUUUUGUAAAGCAGCGUAUAGCUCACCUCGGAACUGUCGACAAACAACAGCAAUUUAAUUCCAGGGAGGGGGAGAAGAAGGAGGAGGAGGAAGACAACACUCGCAGAAACACCGUCAUAAACACAACACAACGCGCGGGGAAAAAAAGGAUCCGAUCUCCCGAGUUAGUUUGUGUCAGACACAAAACAGAAGAGUUUCGUGGUCUCCGUCCGCCAGCGGCAGGAAACGAACUUCUCUUUGGGUUGCCAGCUCCAAAACUGGGGAAACCAGCGCAGAGCGGGGCUCGUGCCAGGGCACACACAGCGCUCGCCCCGUGUGCAGAUAAAGAUGGGGCUCAUCUGCAUAUGGAGGCUGCUGUGUUUACGCCGACUGCCCGCAGUCCCGGACGGAGGCUGCCUAAACUCGCCCACACAGUCCUCCUCCCCCGUCAGUCUUCACGAUAAUACCAAGUUGCUUCCCUGCCAUACUCGAGCAGGAAGAACAAGCUCAAGCACUCUGUCACGUAGGGAAAUGAAGAGGAAAUAACACAAAAAGAACGUUGGAAUUUAGGGAACCGUUUGGGGGAGGGGGGGGGAGGGGGGGGGACGUUUUGGGAAUGGAGAUUUUCUGCGAACCCGAUGGGGAAAGAGAGAAAAGAACAGGUGUUCUAGGGAACAUUGGGAUGGUGGUGGUGGUUGUUGGGGUGUCUAGGGCACUGAGAAGGAGCGGUCAACUACAAAAUGGGUGCUCUUCGGGUGAGGACUCGACAUCUCGCCGAGUUGAUCGCUUAUCCAGUACGCGAAAAACGCGGAAGAACGCGGUUUUUUCAUCUGUGUUUGUCUGCGUGCGUGCGUGCAUGUGUAUGCGUGUGUGUGUUACAAGCAAUGUGCAUAAGUGCUUUGUUUAUAUGUUUGUUAACAGCGUGUUCUUUUAACUGAAUAGAAAGCGUAGUUAUUACUUGUAAAUAGUGGUCCUGUAGGACGCAUGAAGUCGUCGUCCCGACUUCUAUUGUGUAUGCUGUGAAUAUAAGACAAAGUAGGGCAUUUAUGGAAAAGUGAGUUUUUGUAUGUCUUCAUGGGCGUCUUCGGCUGAAAUCUGUAAAGAUAUAUCUUGCCGUAAGAAUGCUGAAUACUUAACAGAACUGGUGCCGUCGCUAAUAUAAUCCCCUCAGCAUUGGCAGUGGACAUGGCAUUUGCUUUGGGCCAAAGACACUUUGACCCCUGUAGAAAUUGUCUAAAGGUUUUGUACCCGCCGUUUGCUAGUGUGCAUGAUAGAUACUUAGCUAUAGCAAAUCUGGCGGCCCUUUGCUGUUGUUAGUAGGGCUUACAAUUGUUGUCAAUACCGGUAGUUAACCUAAGCCUAAUAAAAUAACUUCGAUGGUUACGUAUGAGGUGCUGAACCUUUAGCAUACCAAGGUUAAAUCUGUUUUUGCCAAAAGAAGUUGUAUGGCCACUGUUGCCUGUACAUCAUAAAACCCACCAACCAAGGUUGUUUUCUUUCACGGCGGAAACUCAACUGGCAGAGUAGUCUUUGCGCGCGCAAAACGUGGUAAAUAGCCUCCUUAACUUGUGGUUCAUUAAAUUAAAUAAACGUUUCAAAGGUACACUGCAUUCAUUGACGACAACUGUGUAGCUUUGUAUCUUUGAAUCUUGGUAUUUAUCAUCUCAACGUUCGGGGAAAAUGCCCGUGUAGUCACUUUUUACUUUUGAGGCGGAGCUGCACUUUCCCUUUCCUUUUUUCUGUCACGCAUAUGAGUUCAAAUACGUAGCGCCCAUAAUGGCUUGCUCAACAGUCCAGUAGCACGACUGUAGUUAGACAAACCUUCCCAAUGCUAGCACUAGUAGCCUCACUGGGGGGAAAAAAGAACGGGACCCACAAGUCGUUCUCCAAAAACCUCGACAGACUGCAGCCCCGUGUUUUGUCAAACAUGUAUAAAUCACCCGUAGCCUCGGUAAAUGUCUCGAAAGUCACAAGCGUAUGAUCAAAGAUGCAGCAGUGAAACCCCUCGAGAGGAGAAAACCUCAACGGUUUCUCCUUCUAUACAUAAUCCUUUUAAACUGAUGGAGACGCAACUCAGUAUAGGCAUUCUGUGAUGUUGCCGAAGUUCGGUUAGAGUUUAAAAAAAAAAAUACAGUCAGUUGUUGAACCGGGCAGCAGCGCCAUGUUGGCGUCUCGAAGAAGGCACUUUAUAAAAGCAUCUCGUUCGACUGUGUGUCUACACGUUCGGUUUCCGUUCUCACUUCUCCGUUACUUUCUGCGUUUCUGCGUGAGCUACCUCGUACCUGCUAAUGUACUCUAUUCUUAGAUAUAUCCAGGCAUCUGUUCAUUUCAGUCAUCAGGGUUCGCUCUGAACGCGCGUCUUUCCGGCGUUUUUUCCGGCGUUUGGGCGGGCGUUGCUGGGCCACAGGCCCGUUCAAAAGUUGGGUCCUUCUGUACUUGGACAACGGCCCGGACAAAAUCUGUUCAGUGCUUGCAGUCGCGUCGGCGCAUGAGAAGCGCUUCAAAUGAGUAACGAUGUUUUCCUGAUGACAUCACUGUCGGCACUCCACGUUUUGCCGGUUGCAUGCUGUCCGCGCUGAUCAGGCAAGCAAACCGAGGCGACGCUCUGGUUGAGAGAAUCCUUAACUCCUCAAACUUGUUGACAAACUAUAUCUUCCUUGAUUACUUUUGAACAGCACGUGUAAGGGUGGUACGGUUAGAAAGAAACUUUGGUUCUGUUAUAAUUUUUUUUUUUCAUUUAAUUAGUUACGUUUGUUUAAGGAAGCAUUGAAGUGGAAUUUGAGUGUGUGUUUUACGUCGAGAACGUAUGAUGUACAACACACUUUCCAAACAAAACCUGAAACUCUAAAAAGUGCUUGUACUUUAAGACACCAUAUAAGUUGCUACUUCUGCGCUUACGUAAUAGAGAUCCCUUGAGUUAGUAGACUCUUUAAGUAUUCUCAAUUGUACACAAAAAUGCAGCUUCAAAAUUGCAGAUGCGCACAAAUAAAACAAAACAACGUAAAUCUCUUUUAGGCAUGGUGCAACCAAAACUGUCGGCAUAGGUGCAAUAUCUUCGUCAAGUUUUGUGUUGCUCGAAGCGUACCAAGAGCACGGACGAGGCCCCCGACUAGUCCCAGCAA